UAUACCUCCUUUCCCCUCUCUGGGCCUCAGUUUCCCCAUCUGUACAAUGACAGUACAGAGCACAUAUUAGGCACAUUUGAUGAGUUCUUUUCAGUGACUGAUUCAUAAUGUUAGCCCAGAUAGGGACCUUUCCAGCUCUGACAAUUUGUGACUAAGUUAUCUGACCCCCAUGAUCCAUGGCUCAUGUUCCCUACUUUAUCACUCUCCCCAUCCCUCUCCAUAGGUGUAUGUGUAAGGCCCUCCCCUCCCUAAAGUCUAGACCCAGACCAGAUGGUCUGUCUGCCCUGCCCUCUCUUCAGCCCAGCAACUAGAGGGGGAAGGGAGAGGGAGAAGGGAAAUUGGGGUGGAGCCAGUCCUGGAUAAAUACUCCCAGUGGCCAGUCUUGGAGUCUGAGUGUCUGCUGCAUCACCAAAGCCAGGAGUCUGAGCCCACUCUCAGGUGAAGAUUUUCAAUGACCUCAGGCCACCUGGAUAACCUCUCUGACAUGUCUUGUCUACGGCCCCUCCUGCUCUUAGCACUGCUGGUUCUUUGGACCCAGAUUUCUUAUGCUCAACACUGGUCCCAUGGCUGGUAUCCUGGGGGGAAGAGGGCCUUAGAUGAGAUCCCAGGCCUAGAGGCCUCUGAAGAAGGGAAGCUGUGGGAUGGUGGUGAGAGGUCCCUGCUAAAGACACUGCUGGCUGACGUUCUGGCCCAGCAACAGCAGAAGUGACCCGGGCCCAACACCCUUCCCCCAGGGUGUCAGCAGACACCUCGUCCUUGGCUUCUGGGGGUUCUCAACAGCCUUUCCUUGUUUGUUAUCCAUGUCUGCCCUCUCUCCCUCUAAACCCCUGGAAGACAGGUGGUUUACCAGGUCAAAUUUUGUAGACCCAGGGCGUUGCUCGAAGUAGGUAAUUAAUAAAUGUGUUCUGUUAUCCAUAUUC